AUGAGCCAAGACCCCCUUCGCAUUAUUGACCUUCUUGAAAUUCGCUGUGCCUUAUCUCAACCACCAGAGAUCGACAAUUCGGAUAAUGUCGUUCGACUCAAAUCUAUAGAGAAGUCAUGUCUUCGAGAAAACAAUGAAGUUGAAAUCUUAUCGGAGUCUAUCAAGGUUUUGCCUAAUAGAACUGAUAGGGCCAGUGGUUUGCUUGACCAUGACUCACAUGACAAAAUUCCCACAAAAAAGUAA